AUGGCGUCGAUCGGGAUCCCCACCGCCGGAAAAUUAACGACCGGCCGCCCCUCUCUUCAUCCCGCAAACAAACCUAAUCAAAAUUUCACCCCAAUCCGAACGAAGAAAUUCAAACCCCCACGGCAAUUCCCCUCCGCAUCGAUCGGGCCAACACUUCCCCCAGCUCAUCACGGAAGCGAUGAAUCGAUCGAUUCGCGCGAUCCUCCGGCGAAAAUCGAUUCCUGGCUGCAGGAUUCGGUGCCGGAUAUUGUUAAAAACCUAAAACAGGCGCCGCUGCUGGUGCAAAUCUAUUCCGGAUUGGACGGCGGGGUGAGGAUUGAGACAGAGAAGGCCGUGGCGGAGGAAUGGCCGGCGGCGAGAGAGGGGUGGCGGAGCGGGGAAUCGAAGUCGCCGGAUGGAUUGAUCUUCGUGGAGGAGUUAGAGAGAGGGAGUGAAUUGGGGGAGGAAUCGGAAUCGGAAUCGAAAUUGGGGGUGACGAAGGCAUGGGGGAUUGUGGUGCAGGGGAAGGGGGCGGAGUGUGGGCCCGCGUGCUAUUUGCUGAAGACGGAUCGGGUGUGUGCGGGUGUAGGGUUAGGGUUCUGCACCCACUUCUGUUUGAUGAAGGUGAAUAAUUUUAGGGAUUCUGCGCUGGAUCAGUUCAAGGAUUCUUGGCUGCUGCAGUGA